AUGGCGCAACAGAACAACGCCCAGCACCAGCCCAACUCGUUCACGACCGACGAGUAUGUGCUGGCGUACCAUGGCCCCCUCCUUUACGAAGCUCGUAUCCUCCUCGCUGAGAACUGGAACGAGUCCAAUACCCUUCUGGGCACGACUGGGCCCCAUUAUUUCAUCCACUACAAGGGAUGGAAGCAGACGUGGGAUGAAUGGGUUCCAGAAGUGCGGCUGCUUAAGCUGAACGAGUCGGGAUUCGCAAAGCGCCGGGCGCUGCUCGAGGCGCAAACGAAGAAGAACCGCCCAGCAGCAGUGGCGGCGGUGGAGGCGGCCAAGGGCAAGGACGCCAAGGGGCCGGGAAAGAAGGGCGAGGGGAGCCGGAAGCGCGGGCGGGACACUGGAUUGGAGACUGAAACCGAGUUCCUCAAGCGGCCCGAGGUCAAGAUUGUCAUUCCCGAUGUGCUCAAGCUGCAGCUGGUCGAUGACUGGGAGAAUGUGACGAAGAACAACCAGCUAGUAACGCUGCCGCGUAAGCCGCACGUGCGCAAGAUGCUGGAGGAGUACCGGGAGUACGUCAACCAGACGAAGAAGGACCGCUCAACACGCGCAACGGCGCUGUUGAGUGAGAUCAUCGCUGGGAUCACGCUUUACUUCGACAAAGCGCUGGGAAACAAUCUGCUUUACCGCUUCGAAAGGGCACAAUAUGUCGAGCAGCGGCGCGGAGCCAACGGAAAGCCCAUGUCCGAGAUCUACGGGGCCGAACAUCUGCUGCGCCUCUUUGUCAACUUUGGUCCGUUCAUCGCGUACACGAACAUCGACCCAGAGUCGCUUAACAUUCUCCGCGAGUACAUCAACGACAUCAUGAAGUGGAUGAUCAAGGAGCAGAAGCGUCUGUUCGUCAAGGAGUACGAGACGACGACAACACAGUACCAGAACCUGUCGCGGACAUAG